AUGUCUAUCAAUACAGCUCACACUCACGACGGAUUAGGAGUGGCCUAUUAUCCAGUGCUCCAGUUUCAGACUUCUUCUUACUCUUUCUGGUUCGGGUCAACAACCAAAUGGAAGAUACUCGGGAACUGCAUACCUUACAUCGUGAUAUUCCUCUCUAAAGACAAAAGUCCCGCCCUUAAUUCGCUGAGCAUGCCAUUUGUCUACAUGAAACGUGUGGCAAUCAAACAACCCACAUUUGGACCUAACCACAUUGAAGGAUUCGUGUCUCCUGAGUCAGGGCAGUGGUCGGGAGAUCUGCCUUUUAAAUUGGUGUUUAACCAUGGGGGAGCAAUUGAAUUCGGAAAAAGUCUUCUUGAGCUUGGUACUCGAGCUUCUAAACUUCGGGAAUCUUACAAGACUCCGACUGCACCACCACUUUGCGAAAUUUAUGCCUGUCCUCCUCCAGCCUACACGCCUUUCGUGCAUGAAACGUAUCCUCUCUUCGCAGUAGAUUUCCUGUACCAGACGAACUCUCCACCUCCCUAUCCUGGAGCUGUUCCUCCGCCAUACACGCCGAAUUCGGGUCCACCUCCACCUUACGCUGCGGCUGCAGCGGGUUCGAUACCGCCAUAUCCGACUGGUGGCCCGCCACCUGGUAGGUCUGGUUACUUGUUAUUGUAA